AUGAAUUUUUUUUUAACUAACAUUAAGGUAUAAAAUAAAAAUACAACAUUUUAUAACUCAUAUCUGGAACUAUAAUUUCUUUUAAUACAAAAGCAUAUUUAUAUUCAUAAUAAAUGGAUCCUUUUAGGAGGCCAAGUAUGAUUCCAACCAAUAAAGAAGAUUUUGUGGAUGGUAUUCCAACAUCAAGGAUGUUUCAAGAAUUUUUAAAUAGUUUUGAACAGUAUGACAAAGAAGAAUUUAAUAAAAGACGAAAUACAGAUUCUGUUAGUGAUUGUGUCAAAGUACCCAGAAGAAGAGUUUUUGUUAAGCAAAGUUUUUUUCCUGUUGAUGCAUCAUUUGUUAAAGUCAAUCCUAAUCAUGUUUAUAUCACUGAUAUGAAUGGACAUUUAUACAUUGUUAAAUAUAAAGCAAUAAAAUGGUAGACUA